AUGAAUGAGAAAAAAAGAAAAACAGAUUCUUUUGUGAUGAUGAGUCCAAUGGGAAAUAAUAUGGAUGAAACUGAAAUGAAAAAUUCAAAUGAAACAGUAAAUGGAAAAGGAACAAACAGUCUUUUAUCUACAUUUAAUCGUAAACGUCGUCAUACAUUUGAUGUUGACCUAAAAGUUGAACGUGUUCUUUCUCUUCCAUAUGCAAGUGGAAAAUUUUUUUUCAAAAUUCGUCUUCUUAAUGGUGGAAAUCAUGUUUAUAUAUGUCAUGAACGAUUUGAAGUUCAUGAAAAUAAAAUUGAGUUUAAUAUAAGUGAUCAUUUUCCAGUAAAAAUGACAUCACGUGUUGAUAAUUUUACACUUGAUCACUGUUAUUGUCGAAUUUCAAUUCGAAAAGAAGGACGUGCUGGUCGUUCAUAUGAAAAAAUUGGUUAUUAUGACUUGGAUUUAGCAUCUGUUGCUGGAAGUGGUGAUGAAUCGAAAGCAUGUUUACUUAAUGGUUAUAAACAAACAAAUAGUAGUCCAUCGAAUGCUUAUCUUGAAAUAAGAAUGAAAUUAACUGUUCUUGAAGGCGAUCAUAUUUUUCGAAGACCAGACAGUGAUCAUCCUUAUAUAAAAAAAAUUGAACAAAUAUCAUCGAAUAAAAAAAUCCAUGAAUCAUUUCCAGAUGAAUGUUCAUCAACAAUAAGUGGAUCUGCUGGUGAACUUUAUCCUCCAUUGACAACAAAUCCAAAUCGAGGUCAUUCUCGUCAAGCAAGUAAAAGUAGUAUGUGUUCAAAUUAUUCAACAAAUAGUGUCAAUAGUACAAAUAAUUCAAAUCCUCUGGAUAAAAAUAAUUUAAGACAAGGUAGUGACGAAGAAAGUCAUCAUCAAUCACAACGACGUUUAAUUAAUAAAAGAAGAACUCCAUGUAUUGAUCAAUUUGGAGAUAUUCAACGACGAUUACAUUCAACUAGAGUCGAUGCAAAUGAAAUAGUCAAUAGUGUUAUUAAUAAUACUGCAAAAACAGUAGAAAAUCCAAAUGGUUAUUUAUGUUUAAUGUAUAAUGAAGAUGGAACAGCACGUGUUGGCUCAUCGUCAUCGUCAUCUCUUUUUGUAUCUACUUAA